AUGUGGGGCAACAACGGACAUAGUAGUUCCUUGGAUGCUCCUACCACAAACGAGGGUUUAUCAGGGACCAAUGUUGCCUCCACCGUGGAUCCAUCCACUGACUCGGACGCAUCUCCACCACAUGAAGAUGACCCAUGGAGUCGUAUGCAAACUAUACCGUUAGCAACGGACCGUUCUCCACCGAAUGAAGACGACCCCGAUCCAUGGCGUUGUAUGGAAACAAUACAGUUAGAACCGGAUCCUUGUCCCCAUAAUGAAGAUGACCCAUGGAGUUGUAUGGAAACGAUAGAGUUAGCAACGGACCCUUGUCCUCCUAAUGAAGAGGACCCCGCUGCGUGCAGUUGUAUGCAAACCAUACAGUUAGAACCGGACCCUUGUGCACCUCAUGCCUGCGAUCCAUGGAGUUGUAUGGAAACUAUACAGUUCGCCACGGACCCGUUUCCACCUAACGCAGAGGACCGAUGCAAUUGUAUGGAAACCAGACAGUUAGAUGCAGAACAGCGUCGUGCUCAUUCCGACCACGGUGACGCGACGUCGGCGUGCACCCAAUGGAUCCCUUGGAUCGAGCGCAACAAACAUAUUGUGCGGGCGUGCACGACGCAGCCGUGGUUUAAUGCCCUCAAAUCGGAAUGGCAACAAUACCUGCGCGAGCACAUGGUGGCAACCGCACCAUCCGGUGAAGCGGCAACCCUAGAGAGGAAGAAAGAUGCAUGGAAAGAAUGGGUCGCAAAGCAACAUCGGCAAAUGAGUAUGUAUAACGCGCAGGAGUGGUUCCAACGUUUGUUGAAUACUGUAGAGCAUGAGACAGUACCGCAACACGGCCAAGCACCUAUAGUGGAAAACGACUUAGAAGUGGAAAAAGUAAUGGCAGCAGAACAUAUACUAAGAGUGCGAGAUUUACCACGGACGCCACUGCAUCAGCAACCUUACAUGCAACAACCGUUAACCGCUCACAAACUGUGCAUGCUCAUCCUCGCAUCCGUAAUCGAAGAAUGCGAAAUCGAGAGUAGCAUGCACGAGAAGGAGUUAUAUUUGGAUGACCUAUUGCAGAAGCUCUGCAAUUAG